AUGACUACACAAGAGACUAUCAAGCCACUGGUUGAUAGGAUUCUUAAUAAUCCUCUACAGUUCAGAAGAUCAACCGCUAGCCCAAAUAUAAGCAAUAAGGACACAGAUAUGAAUGGCAAUAGUGACUCUCCGUAUAUUGUGAUCGGUAAGCGGAAGCUUACUGACCAAAAUAGCAAGAACAAUGGGAAGGCUGAUCCAAACCAAAGGCAGAGGGAUGAGAAUGAUGCCUCUGAAAUUGUACAGAAGAAAAGAAAGAUGCCUACUUCAGUAGCUGAAGCCUUGAAUUGGUAUACCAACGCAGCACUUGAGGAUAAGACACCUAAA